CUAGAGAUAGCCUGGCCUUGAGGUUAACUCCCUGUUGUCUGCGUUCGAUCCUGAUAAAUUCAAUAAUUCACUCAUUUACUUCAAGUCCACGAAGUAGCGGUUCCCCUGAUUUUCCCACCAGCCAGGUGUGUUCGGAAAGCUGAACGUUCCAGGAUUGGGAGGAAUAGGGAGAAAAGCGCGCACCGAGAUACCUGUGAAACUACGGUUGUAAAUCUGAUUGCCACGGACAACAUCGAACACGUCGGAGACAUUGCCUGGCUAAAAUAACAACUCAUAUCGAGGCUUAAAGCAAGUCGUUUCUGUACGAAGGAUCAUCAUGAAGAAAUCAGGAUAUUCAGGUAUUGCCAGGUCCACCAGUGGGAGACUGAGGAGGACAGACAGAGAAGGUUCUUCUUCCAUCACCAGUCCCACACUAAAGAGGUCGUUUGAGGUGGAGGAGUCUGACGUCUCCAUCAACCCCUCCCCUCUGUCCCGUAGGACCAACCUCCGCUCCUCCACCUCCAGCCAGCGAAGCUUCCACGACCUGGGCUCCUCCCGCAACUCUGACUACCCCUCCAGAACCUCACCUUCUGACCCCAACCCCUGCUCUCCCAAAACCAGCCUGAGACGCAUGGAGCUGUCCGGGGGCGUGGUAGGAGGUCGUGCCCUGGAUACAGCCUCCACCCGCCGGACUGAGAUCUCCAUAGAGGUGUCGUCCAAGCAGAUUGACAGCUCGCCCAGCCCGGGUAUCGCCCGCUUCGGCCUGAAGAGGCCCGAGGCCCAGAGCCUUGGUUCUCGAGCCGGAGUCGUCCCAGAGAGCUCCACCAUCUCCAGCUCGGCACACAGACGGGCAGAGAUCUCCCUCUCUCGGCCCCACGAGCCCCCCGGGGCACCCAGGAGGGGGGACUCCCAGCCUCCCUCAGCCACCCGGAUCCCUGACCCCCCUCAGAGGAGGACCGACCCCACCAUGGCCAGUCCUGUGGAGGGCCUUACUUCCAGGAGACCCGAGAUGCCUGUCUUCCGACAGCCAGAGAUGGCAGCACCACCUCCGGUCAGGGUGAUGGAGAACAACAGCCACCCCCCAGCAACCAGUGGCCCCCUGCCCAGCCUGGUGGAGCCCAGGAGCGAGAGGACACAGCCCCCGGUCAGCGAGACGCCUGUUGUCAGACCUAUAGAGAGGUCAGAGGUCACUACCAGCUACAGCAGUAGAGCCAUGUCUGAGGUGGCCGUGCCCGAGAUGAUGCCACCCCCGGCGGUGCCCGCAGCGUGCCAGGCGGAGAAGCCUGUGCCAGGUCCUGGCAUGGGGGACUUCAGCUAUGUGGGCAUCGAUGCCAUCCUGGAACAGAUGCGGAGGAAAGCCAUGAAACAGGGCUUCGAACUCAACAUCAUGGUAGUAGGGCAGAGCGGCCUAGGGAAGUCCACUCUGAUGAACACUCUGUUCAAGUCCAAGGUGAGCCGUAAGUCAGUGCAGGCCACGUCCCAGGAGAAGAUCCCCAAGACCAUCCAUAUCAAGUCUGUCAGCCACGACAUUGAGGAGAAGGGGGUGAGGAUGAAACUAACUGUUAUCGACACGCCCGGCUUCGGGGAUCAGAUCAACAACGAGAACUGUUGGCAGCCCAUCAUGAAGUUCAUUAAUGCCCAGUAUGAGCAGUACCUUCAGGAGGAGAUCAACAUCAACAGGAAGAAGAGGAUUCCAGACUCCCGGGUUCACUGCUGUAUUUACUUCAUACCCCCUACUGGACACUGUCUGCGACCUCUGGAUGUGGAGUUUAUGAGGCGUCUCAGUAAGGUGGUCAAUAUUGUUCCUGUCAUCGCCAAGGCAGACACACUCACCCUGGAGGAGAGGGACUUCUUUAAACAGAAGAUCAGGGAAGAGCUACGUGCCAAUGGGAUCGACGUGUACCCCCAGAAGGAGUUUGAUGAGGAUGCAGAGGACCGGAUGAUUAAUGACAAGAUCAGGGAGAUGAUCCCGUUUGCUGUGGUGGGCAGCGACCAGGAGUACCAGGUCAACGGCAGGAGGCUUCUGGGAAGAAAGACAAAGUGGGGAACCAUAGAAGUUGAGAACAUUGCUCAUUGUGAGUUUGCCUAUUUGCGGGAUCUACUGAUUAGGACCCACAUGGAGAACAUCAAGGACAUCACCAGCAGCAUCCACUACGAGGUGUACCGCGUCCGCCGCCUCAACGAAAACAACACCGCCGUCGCCCAUGCUAACGGUCUCCCCAAACACCACAAUACCUCCCAUGAGAUGUAGAGCCCUGCCCACCAAGUCCCAUGAGCCCUCACUUCCCUCCGAAGCCGCUUCGAUCCUUCCAUCCCGUUAUCCUGCCAUCCCUCUCUCCGCUCCAUUCACUCUCAAUGCCAAACCCUUAUACAGAAGGGAGAAGACAUACACUGGGGGGACUGAGGAGCGUAGUCUUAGCGCCCCCAAGUGGCCAAAUACAGACACAUAGAAUGGACUGUUGAUGCCAAUGCAUUGCCCCUCGAUGAUAACCUGGUCUCUCUGACUAACGUCUACAUUACAUAGAGAGUGAAGCGGGGUGUGUGUGUAAAUGCUAGCUAUCACUUGCAUUCAUUCAGGUUUAACCAGGCUAAGUAAACACUAUUCAUGUACUGCAACCUUAAUCUGUGUGUUUUCAGUUAUUCUGUCGUUCUUUAGGUCCCUCGUCUGUCUGGUUGGUUAUCAAAAUAGCACUGUGAUAUCAGGCCCAUUACAUACAAGCAGUGACAGAAGUGCCCUCAAACUUUUGUUUGGGUAAAAUAUUGAUUUCUCAUCCAUUUUAGUAUAGCCCCUGUAAUACAUUGUUAAUUUGAUUGCUAUCUGAAGGUUCUACAACGUUUAUUUCUGUUCCCUUUGAGAGGGAGUAGUUUAGCCUUGAGAGACUGUAUUCCGAGUAGGAGUGCUGAUUUGGGAUCAGUUUUGCCUUUUAGAUAAAAGAUUACAUGGACAGAGAGACCUGAGCCUAGAUCAGCACUCCUACUCUGAGAUGCUUUAUACACUCGGCCCCAGAACUGUGGUGCUGGAUCCAUCGCGACAGCAGCAGUGGCACAGGACAGAUACUCAGCUAAGUAUUUAGAAGUAUGACACAUAGAAAUCAAAUCUAUUCAUUCUAUGGCAGUUGAUUAAUUUGUCAGAGUUCUGUUUGAUGAUGUCCGAGAAGGGUCAGUUGAAGAUGGUGAACGGGGAGUGUUUCAUUGUGAUGGAAGUUGAUAAUGCUGUUGGAAUGGUCAGGAUUGCAUAAUGUCAGGGUUACAUAAUGUCGGGGGUGGACUGGAGGUUUUGAGUCUAGUGGACAUCGUCGACACGUCUGUAGGGCCAGGAGUUUUUCCCCAUAACUUGAACUGACCAGAAAAACCCUUGAGCCCUUGUAACAGCCUGUUACUAGGACGUUCUCAGAGUCGUCGUUAUAGACUGUAACUAGGGUCUUCUCUGAGUCAUAGUUAUAGACUGUAACUAGGGUCUUCUCUGAGUCGUCGUUAUAGACUGUAACUAGGGUCUUCUCUGAGUCGUCGUUAUAGACUGUAACUAGGGUCUUCUCUGAGUCGUAGUUAUAGACUGUAACUAGGGUCUUCUCUGAGUCGUCGUUAUAGACUGUAACUAGGGUCUUCUCUGAGUCAUAGUUAUAGACUGUAACUAGGGUCUUCUCUGAGUCGUCGUUAUAGACUGUAACUAGGGUCUUCUCUGAGUCGUCGUUAUAGACUGUAACUAGGGUCUUCUCUGAGUCAUAGUUAUAGACUGUAACUAGGGUCUUCUCUGAGUCAUAGUUAUAGACUGUAACUAGGGUCUUCUCUGAGUCAUAGUUAUAGACUGUAACUAGGGUCUUCUCUGAGUCAUAGUUAUAGACUGUAACUAGGGUCUUCUCUGAGUCGUAGUUAUAGACUAACUAGGGUCUUCUCUGAGUCAUAGUUAUAGACUGUAACUAGGACCAUGAGUUUUUCCUGGUAAAGUCACAUGGUCAGGAAACUCCUGGUCCUACACGUGUAUGAUGCAGAGUGAGGGGAACACUCUCCUGUUGUUUCUCUUAUCAUUGAGGAGCCAGUGCUUUAAGCCUUGGGCUGAUGACAGUACAGCGAUACAUGUCCGUCAUCCUAUUGUGGUAAUGGUUAUUUUUACAUGGCUGUGUCGUCAUACAGGUGUUACUGUCAGAAAAUAGAUUUCAAAUGCCCUCAGUGCCUUUUUUUAAUUCCAAAUAAUAGAUGUCAUUUUGGGGUGUUUUUAUAUACAGAUGUUUAAAGAGUGAUUUAAAAUAAAUAGUAUUUAUGCACAUUAGAAUGAUAAAAAUUGUACCACUCAUCCACACGUAGUAGUUGUCCUGAGCCGAGAGCACUUAAUCAGUUUCUACUGCCCAAGUCCUGUGUUUAGGAAAAACUCCUGGUCCUAGCUAUGUGCCAUGUCCCUGUGCCUUGGACAACACCAUUGCCUUCUUAUUUAUUGGAGACUGUCCACUAGCACAUGCUUUUAAACUGGAAGGACAACAGUGACAAUUAAGGCCCUGAGUUUUUCCAGACCAUGUGACCUGACCAGGAUAAUACGCCAUAGCCUAUAACCAGGGACCUGAGUUUUUCCUGGUCAGGCCAAAUGGUCUGGAAAACUCCUGGUCCUAUUACUGAUGUGCUAGCUGGUGCCAAUCACCACAGCAGAAGACAUUUCAUUGUUAUCAAGUCUCUUUAUAUCAGACUGCACCCUGAAACUAAAGUCCUCCUUAAACUCUUAGUUCUCUCUCUUUCUCCCACUUUCUUUUCUCAUGUUCUCUUCUUCCGUUUCUUGGAUAUCAACCAGUAACAGGAAUAUGUGGUGUUUAAAGGUUUUAUGUGUUUCAGUUUCAAACUAUAAUCCUCAACUUCCAAGCGUCAUCAUCGUCAUGCUGUGUCCUGUAUAUUCAUUGUCAGAUACAUUUUUGUACUGGUAUUAAUAAUAACAGAAUUUACCUUUUGAUAUUGUGUUAUUUUCAAGAAAUAAAGAUGAGUUGUAUAUAGUCA